AAAAAAAAAAAUCCCUUUUAAAGGUUAUGUUAUUAUUUUUUUGUGUUAAACAAAAAAAGCCGACACAUAAAAAUAACGUUAAAAAUAAUAAUAAACAAUAAUUAAAAAUGCCAACGUGGGAUCAAAUACAAUCACAAUUAAAAAAUCCAAAUAAUCCAGUGGUAUUUUUUGAUGUAUCUGUUGGAACAACUGAAAUUGGUCGUAUGAUAUUUGAAUUAUUUGCUGAUGAAUGUCCAAAAACAUCAGAAAAUUUUCGUCAAUUUUGUACUGGUGAAUAUCGCAAGGAUGGUGUACCAACUGGUUUUAAAGGUGCAAUAUUUCAUCGUGUUAUUAAAGAUUUUAUGAUACAAGGUGGUGAUUUUGUAAAUGGUGAUGGUACUGGUGUCAUGAGUAUAUAUGGUGGUAAUACAUUUGCUGAUGAAAAUUUCACUCUAAAACAUGAUUCAACUGGUUUAUUAUCAAUGGCUAAUUCUGGAAAAGAUACAAAUGGAUGUCAAUUUUUUAUAACAUGUGCUAAAUGUAAUUUUUUGGAUGGUAAACAUGUUGUAUUUGGACGUGUUAUUGAUGGUUUAUUGGUCAUGAGAAAAGUUGAAAAUGUACCAACUGGUCCAAAUAAUAAACCAAAAAUUCCAGUUACAAUAUCACAAUGUGGACAAAUGUAAUUUAUAACAAUAAACAAUUUAUAU